GUUUUCGCCGCUGGACCCCGAGAGCGCGGCGGGCGGGUCGCUGAGGGCGCGGGGCACCGGGGGCUGGGACUCCCGCCGCGCGCAAGCCUCCGCGGACCGGCCCGGGACCCCCGCGCCGCGAACCCCACGUGCGCCCCGGGACCCCGCGCCCUCCGCGCACCCCGCGGCUGAGGGGCCGUGCCGGGGCCGCGCUGCCACUUGUUGAGCCGACUUGGGUGUCGCCUGUGCGAGCUGUCGUCGCUCCCGGGGCUCACGUGCUUGUCAUUUCGUAGCGGGAGAAGCAGGAAGUUGGACGGGACAGACGGUGCGUUCAGGAGCCUCCAAGGUGGCCCCGGACGACGUGGGAGGCCGGACCCUCCCGCGACCGGUGCGCGGGGACCGCACGCACCGCAGGGCGCAGACACGAGGCUGUGAAGAGCCGUUGGAGAUGGAUCGCUCACCUGUGACCUGGAAGUGCAGCCGGGAGGGUUAGCGCAGACCCGCGGUGCCCGCCUGCCGAGCCCGAUGCUCUGGGACCCCAGGGCCCGUCGGUGCGGACGGAGGAUCCGGCGGACCCGACCAUGGUCACGCUCAUCACCGAGAAGCUGCAGAACCAGAGCCUGGACGACCUCGCGCACCAGAGCUACGAUGCCGGCCCGCUGCCGGAAGGGCCGUGGGAAGUAGAAUGCUCUGCGGCCAGGAAGGAGCCGUACUGGCGCGUCCUGACGGCCUCUCCCCGUCACUCUCAGUGUUCGGCCGAGAAGCGGAACAGCAGAAGUGGCCGCGUGUUCCCUUUUGAGACCAGCGGAGACAGGCGCCCCUGGAAGGCCCUGAGUGGAGGGUGGCCCCUCAGGAGCCCGGCGGCCACAGGCCCUUCCCUCCCCUUCCCGCCGGGCCUGGGCGCGGUCAGCGCCGUGGACCUCAGGGAGAGCUCGGGGCCGCCCCUGGCCCCGCCCAGCAAGCGACACUGCCGCUCCCUGUCGGAGCCGGACGAGCUGGCCCGCUGCCGGUCCCCCUGGCGCCCCGGGGGCUCCAAGGUCUGGACUGCCGUCUCCAAGCGGCGCUGCCACAGCGGCGGGAGCGCCAGCCUGCCGGGCAGCGCCUUGCCUGCGGCCGGCCCCAGCUCCCCGCCCGCGCCCCGGCCGGCCUCCGCCAGUGGCGGCCGGGAGGACGUCGGGCGCGGCUCCGGCUCCGGCUCCGGCCCGCCCUGGGGUCCUCCGGGGCCCGCCCUGUCCUCCCGGCGCCGCCUGUCCCUGUCGCAGGAGCACCUGCUGCACGCAGACGCCCCGUCGUCCGCGCCGGCGCUGGGCUGGCGGCUGGGCCUGCUCCGGAGCCGCUCGCAGCCCUGCGUGCUCGUCGGGCGGAAGAGCCGCCUGAAGCGCCCGCGGGAGGAGGACCCUCGGUGGCCGCGCCCGUCCCUGGACUUCCUGAAGAUGACACGGACGUUGAAGAACUCAAAAAGCCUCGGCUCCCUCGACUGCGAGGGUGAGGAGGAGGAUGAGGCCAGAGCGAAGACGGCCGUGUCCUCCCCACGGGCCCCACACGGCCUCCCGGGCCUCGUCACCCCAGCCUCCAGCCCCCUGGGCGCCUGCCCCAGCCUGUGGGCCUCCCAGGAGGCGGGGAGCGGCGGGGACCCGGGGGACUGGGACAGUGCCGGCGAGGAGGGCGUGUCCCCGCUGGGCCCCGGCGAGCUGGACCUGGAGCAGAUCGAGAACAACUGACCGCGGCGGGAGGUCUGGGGAGCAGGAGCCGGUCCGCUUAGUCUGAAUGUUGAGGGUCAUUUUGAUCAGUCUUUCCUACAGGAGUAUUUUGCAUUAUUCUGGCUUUUACAGUUCUGGAGAAAGGUCUCUAUUUUGAAAUGCGUUUUCAGAGGGCAUUCAGUACCCGGGUUCUGGGUACACACCCAGGGCAGGCUGGUUCCUCGGUAAACGCCUGCGGUGAAGGGCGCUGUGCGUCCUGCAGCUACGAAGCCUGGGGCGCCAGAGGUCCGGGCUUCGUCCCGCGCUUCGUCCCGCGCUGCUCAGGGCAGGACCCACGCUCUGCGGCCCGACUCCUGGCCCGGCGUGGGGCGCGGUUCUGGCGCGCCUGGUCUGUGACUUCAAUAAAAGACGUUUGCUUUGCACCGUG